CAUCCCCUUGCCAUCGGCUGUCCAAAACAAAUUGAUUUUAUUUUUCCCUUUGUAAACAAAGGGGGAGAAUCAACCGUCUCCUAAUUUUAACCAGUACGUGAGGGACCAGGGUGCCAUGACCGACCAGCUGAGCCGACGGCAGAUCAGGGAGUACCAGCUCUACAGCCGGACCAGCGGCAAGCACGUCCAGGUGAACGGCAAAAGGAUCACUGCCACCGCCGAGGACGGCAACAAGUUCGCCAAGCUCAUCGUGGAGACGGACACCUUCGGGAGCCGCGUCCGCAUCAAGGGGGCUGAGAGCGAGAAGUACAUCUGCAUGAGCAAGCGGGGCAAGCUCGUUGGGAAACCCAACGGCAAGAGCAAGGAUUGCAUCUUCACCGAGAUCGUGUUGGAGAACAACUACACGGCUUUCCAAAACGCCCGCUACGAGGGCUGGUACAUGGCCUUCACCCGCAAGGGCCGGCCCCGCAAAGCCUCCCGCAGCCGCCAGAACCAGCGGGAAGCCCACUUCAUCAAGCGCCUGUACCGCGGGCAGCUGCCCUUCCCCAACAACGCCGAGCGGCAGAAGCAGUUCGAAUUCGUCGGCUCGUCCUCCCCAACCCGCCGCACCCGCCGUACCCGCGCCCCUCGCCCACGCACGUAACGCCCGGACUCGCCCCCCCCCCACCCCGCCGGGCCCUGCCCUCCUCAUCCUCACAGCCUUCAGUCUCGCCAGACUCUGCCCCUUCUCCCGGCACCCUCCAGCACUGGUUCUUCCCCACUUAUUUUUCUAAAGAUGCUCUAUUUUUAUACUCUUGGGCACUGUGAAUAGGUUGGGGAGCGCACGCUUCGGGCGCGGUCACUGGUGUCUAUAGCCCCACGCUGGGGUCCCUUCAGCCCUGGAGCAUCCCUUGGUACCCACGUGAACCACCUGGUACCUUUACCCACUCCCCUUGGCAACCCCUCGGAGACUUGUCCCCAUGCCACCGAGGUCCGGGACCCCCCGGCCACGUUCCCAUCCCCGCAGACAUCCCUCUCAGUGCCAGGGAUGGAUGGGACCAGCCAUGAGACUGCGGGAUGUCCCCACCGGAGCAGGAUGGAGACCCCGGCCCCGGGCCCGUGGGAUGCUGUGCCCGUCCCUGCAAGGGCACCACAGGCAGCCAGGUGAUGGGGAGCAUGGGGUGCUGGUCGGUCUGUCUGUCUGUCUGUGCAGCUUCAGAGGGGAGGC